AGCUAGUGAUUGUGAUGGCAUUCAUCUACAGCUGCAACACGUGCAACUUGUUUUGUUUCCCUUAAAAUAAAAACGCGAGUUUCUGUUCGUUUAAUAAACAUAUAAAAAUGAAAAUUCGCAGGAAUCAUGUGCGCAAGCGUUACCGCUACAAUGUGAACCGCAAAACAAUGAACAAAACCCGCAAAUCUACUGGAAAAAUCAAGGAUCCAGAGAUGAAAAAAAUGUGGAUUGAGGGAAAACGUGUUGGCACCAAUUUCAGUGAAAUGGGUUUAGCCAAAGAUCCCAACAAGGCUGUGGGUAUACCCAACUAUAAACGCGAACGCCUAGAGGCUGCUAAAAUUGUAAACGGUUUCGUGGAAGAAGAUCUUGAUGAUGAGGAUCUGAAACCGCGAAGCUCAAAGACAGACCCCGAAGAUCUGAAACCAAAACGUGGUCAUAUCGUGCAGGAACUAGAACAGAUGGCAGUCGAUAGGCGACCAGAUCCUGAAUUCAGAUUACCCAAGGGAGUCGUUAAAGAGCUGUCAUAUUUUCUGAAUAAGCACAAGUUCAACUACAAGGCCAUGGUAACGGAUCGUCGCAAUCAUGAUCAGCUGACGUGGAAGCAAUUCAGAAUGAAAAUACGUCGCUUCAUGUUGAUUCCGGAACAGUUUAAUGAAUAUCUGCAACAAAAGAAGCUGCCAAUUGAUGUGAAGCCAGAUUGGCCGGAAUAUGAAUCGGAUAGUGAAUGGAAAUAAUAAUUGUCGCUGUAAAUUAUAUAGAGAAUAGUAUGAUAAUGGUUUUAAGAUCUGAAUAUACAAACAAUUUA